AUGUACCCUAGCGAUACACCAAGGCGUCAUCUUCUCCGUCAAGAGGAACAACAAGAGGAGAGUCCUACCUCCUCUAACAAUAAUCCAUCGAGUCGUGACACUGAGGAGACAAUAGGAUUCGAAUCCAACCUUUCUACUUGCACCUCAGUUAGUCAUCGGCCGCAGGCAAUCGAUUCUAGCAGUUCAACGACGACGUCUGUCACUAGCACAACCAUUUUCUCCUCUUCUUCUUCAUCCGCCUCUGCUUAUAAAACUGGUAAACUCGGAUUAAGGCAUGGUCUGGUCGCCCAACCUGGGGGAGGUUCGACUACCUCAUCCUCAACUGAAGAUUCGGAGGCGAGGGAGCGGCGUUUUGGGUCUAUUGAUUUGCAACAUCCUCUGCCAUUGAAUACUGUAACGAGUGGGGCGACGGGGCAGGAAAUUGUGAAGGGACAAUUGGCAAUCGACGCACACAUGAAACAGGCAUUACUUGCGGAUUUCAAUCUUCCAAGCAUCUUCCAUUCCCCUGCUGUGUUGUCUACCUACUUUCCUCGACUCCUUCCAACUCGUUCUGUUGAUGCCUUUCAUCUACCCAACCGUCUCAUCAACCCCAUUACCGCGAGUACUACUAUCGGUCCAUACAAAAUGGGACGUCUCCUGGGGCGAGGCAACUUUGCAGUUGUCAAGUUGGCCACACAUACCCAACUGAAUGUUCCAGUUGCAGUGAAGAUCAUCAACAAGGAGCUAGUAGGUGGUCAAAAUUUGGCAAAAAUAGCGCGCGAAUUGGAGGCUAUGAAGAGAUGCUAUAGACAUCCAAAUAUUGUUCGACUUUAUCACAUUAUGGAGACGGAUACUAACAUUUACAUGGUGAUGGAGUAUGCCAGUCGUGGUGAAGUUUUCGGUGAGUCGGUGCCUUAUUUGAUUAAAGUGUGA